CCGCGUGAAAAAUCACGCGGCGGGAAGUUCACGCCCAACCUAAGCGGACAUACAAAAUGCAUACUUCUGUUCAGACGUGGCAGUUUUUUCACGCGGCGUGAAUUUCACGCCUGAUGCCGCGCGUGUGUCUGCUAAAAACGAAGCGUGAAAUUUCACGCCAAAGUUUAGCUUCCAAUGGUGUUCAAUGCUUUCUUUCACACUCGGCGUGUUUUGUCACGCCGCCACCUGGCAGUACAGUUCAGGCAGCGGGUAAUGUGGACGUGUGCACCUCCCGUACUGAAUGAAAAUCUACAAUAGGUAAAAGGAUAAUUAAAGUCAUUUUUUAUUGUUACUGAAUGUGUACUUAUGUAAUAACAAAUACAUAAACAUAGAAAAAUCUAAGUUUUUAAAAAUAACACUUUUUUCAGAUCAAAUGAUGACUGCAAUUAAUAGCGAAUCCUUAAUAACGGCUGUUGAAAAACACCCUGCAGUAUGGGAUACUGCCUGUACCGACUACAAGGACAGGCAAAAGAAGGUCAAUGCAUGGACAAGUAUUUGUGAAGAUGUUGUGGAAAAUUUUGCAGAUAUUGAAGAAGACCGAGCUAAAAAUGAUAUUGCUAAAAAGGUUCAGACGAAAUGGAAGACCCUGCGUGAUUCUUUCAGGAAAACUCAUUUUGCAAAUAAACAUGCUCCAUCAGGAUCAGGCGCAAAGAAAAGGAAUUACUUGUACGCACAGCAAAUGCAAUUUCUGUUAAACACGUUUGAGGCCGCAGAAACUGCAUCAAAUAUCACGGGACAUAACUGUGAUGAGCAAGAUGAUUUAGAGAUUCAACCUUCGCCUAAAAUUGAAAGAAAUUCAAAGAAACCAAAAUCGGUGGAUUUGCAGAUAAUUGACUACCUAAAUAAGUCGGAUGAAAGCGAAUCAGACGAAACAGGUUUAUUUUUCAGGUCUUUGCUGUCGUCUGUAAAAGAUUUUACAGAAGACGAGGAAUUGGAGCUAAAGGGAGGGGUUAUAUCAUUAAUCUCUAACAUAAGAAAAGCAGGAAAUAACUAUCCCCACAUCAAUGUCUCACAAACAUCUGGAGCUACCACAUAUUACAGCUAUAAUGUACCAAAUACCACUGCUGCACAAGUGCCGCCAACGCAAGGUCCUUCCCUUGGACAACUGCAGCAAAUGCAAAGUCCAUCAUAUGCACAAUUACAGCCAAUGCAAAGUCCAUGUAACCCCGAUAGUAACCCUCCCUCAGUGUCAUCUGUCUCUUCUCACUCAUCCAUAAUUGAUAUUUUAGGCAAUUGUUGAGAAUCUUAGUAAUGUAAAAUAGUGAACCCAUAAAAGGAGCCUCUAGCUGGUUAUUUUGUUUGUUACAUGUUCACAUGGAUUGGAAUACUAUGUAAAAGUAUAUUUUUCACGAAAUAAAGUUUUGUUAUUUUUAUUGUCAUUAUUACGAGCCUACUUAGUAAGCAAAAACAAAAUACUUUACCUGAGAGUAUUUGUUGU